AUGAGUGCAGCGCGCUUGGUACUCUUGGGACUUGCUCUGGGGUUUAGGGCCACCUCUGCUAAGCCAGGUGAGGGCAGCUUUUGCUCUAAGAGCCAAGUGGCUUUCAGAGACUCUUGUUAUGAAUUUGUGCCUCUCGGCCACACCUUCUACAGUGCCCAGGGCUGGUGCGAGGGACAAGGAGGCCAUCUGGUCUUCAUUCGUGAUGAAGACACCCAGCUGUUUCUGCAGAAGCACAUCUCCCAGGACAGGGAAUGGUGGAUUGGACUCACAGGGAACUGGGCUCAGAAUGGAACCACAGAAGGGCUUGGGGUCUGGCUGGACACCUCAGAUGUGAACUAUAGCCACUGGCGUGGAGGGCAGGCAGCUCCCGCUCCUAACACCUGCGGCUACAUCAGGCGAGACCCUUCCUCUGGGUGGAUGGCCUCUGAUAACUGCAUGCAGCCAUUCGCCUUCAUCUGCUAGUUUGGUGUCGGCCAGACUCUGGUUUGUGAUGGCCUCAACGCCACCAUGCACUGUGGCUUGGGGGAAGUCAGCCAGAUCCAGGAUGCCUUCUACGGGUGCCAGACCCCCCAUUACUGCACCCAGGAUGCUGGAUGCCCCUCGGACCUGGAAGAGGAAUGCAGCUGGGUCAGCAUCAAGGACAAAGUGACAGCCCAGUGUCAGGGGCUGCAGGCAUGCCAGGUGACAGCAGAUGGGACCUACUUUGGAGACCUGUGCCCCACCGGGGGCAGCUACCUGUGGGUGCAUUUCCAGUGCUGGGAAGGCCUGCAGCUGAUGAUGUCCAACGAGAGUUCCAUCUUUGACAAUGUCACCAUCUCCCUGACAUGGUUCCUCUCUCCCUACAUUGGAAACCUUUCCUGUAUAAUUAGUAUGGGAGAUGGCUACACUUUUGAUCCCUACUACCCUCCUAGCAAUGUGACUCACCAGUUCACAGCCCCUGGGGAAUUCACCAUGUUUGCAGAAUGUACAACCAGUGAGUGGCACGUGACGGCUCAGAAGCAAGUGACAAUUCGAGACAAGAUGGAGAGGUUCAGAGUGACUGGGUGCUCUGGCCUGUCCCAGUCAUGAGCCAACCCUCUCUGCCAGGCUGUCUUCGGGGACCCUCUAUGGAUUCAGGUGAUGCUCAAUGGAGGCACAGGAGUGACUUACACGGUGCUGUUGGGUGGCACUACCCUGGCUGAAUUCACCACACAGAGGGGCCCACUCCCCUACAAUCUGACCCUGGACAGAGCAGCCCAGCAAAGGAUGGGCCCAGGGACGCAUCACCUGGAGGUCCGAGCUGCCAGCAAUGCCACCACAUCUGCACCCUCCAGAAACAUCACGGUGCGCUUCAUAGAGCCUCUGCCAGGACUGCAGGCUUUUGACCAUUUGGAGCUUGGCCAGGACCUACUGGCUAAUGUCUCAGUGGCUCACGGCAUUCCAGAGGGGCUGGCCUUUGAGGUGGCAGGACUUAAUGCAACCUUCUCGCAUGAGCAAGAGAGCCUCGGGAGGCUGUUUGGGAUUUACCACGUGGCACUUCCUCUUGAAGGUACUUGGGGUUGGUGUCUUCCCUUCCCUCCUCUUCCCCUCCUGACUUGGUGUCCAGCUCUGGCAGCCAGCUUUCAGUGUGUCCUCGUCACAAACUUGGUUCACACCAUCCAGCCUGGGCUGCAAAAUAAGGAGACAUAUCUGCCCUCACAGAGAUUACAGUCACAGGGGUUCUCAACUUGGGCACUUGGGACAUUUAGGACUGGAUCAUUCUUCGCUAUGGGAACGGUUCUGUGCCCCGAGGGGUGUUUGGCAGCAUCACUGGCUUUUGUCCACUAG